AUAACUCUAAUUUACACGUAAUAACUGUAGAACACAUUUCAAUAGUCCAACCAUGGGACGUUGUGAUCUAUGGAUUGCUUUACUACUUCUAUCGCUGAUCAGUGUCUGCCAUUGUAUACCUAUUGGGUCUGGGGAACGAGAAGCAGAUCCUGAAUCAAACACAAACGAUGACGAUCUUAUGAAUACAGGACGAGACCYUGAAGAUUUUCCGAGUGAAGAGGAAGAAGAAAGUGAACAAAUGAACCAAGAGGAUGAAUAUUCUCAAAAACAUAAUAUCCAGCCGAAGAAAACAAAGGAAUCAAAUUUAACAUCCGAACAGAAAGAUCCUCAGAUCGGAUAUCCAUUUCCAUGGGAGUGGCCGGAGUGGCCAAGUAAAGAUAAGCACAAGCCCAAAAAAGCACAUGACACUCACCAUAGAAAAGAAAGGCAAGAGAGAUCAAAAUGGGACUGAUCUUGAUAAAUAGAUCAUUGCAUUUGAUAUACGUUCUUGUUGCUAGAGGAGUCCAAACCGAACAGUGAAUACAAAGAUUUUUAGAUAACAAAAGUAUACUUGUCAAUUUAUUUUCAGAGUGAAGUCAUAAACCCCAUAAACCCUUGUUAUAAUAUGAUCUUUUUGUUUAUUAUUCAAUGCACUAUUACACCACGACUAGUACCUUCUAAUAAUUAUAUAUAAAAUGUAC